AAAGUUGGCAGGAAAUUUCGUCAAAGAUUGCCGCCAGCGCCGUAGACGGACCGUAGGAGCAGAACAGAACGUACAACUUUCGCUACAGGAAAAAUAACAUAUGGAAGGACAGCUCAUCGCAAUGAGCGACUAUCACUAUUUCGAUAUUAAAUUAAAGAUACGAGACCCGGAUGAUGUUGUUUUGACUCCAGCCCUCUUCCGUAGCUGCGUUAUUGAUGCUAUUUACAGUUUUUGUUGUGAGGAAAAGCCAAUCCUCGAGAUUGUAAAGUUUUGUGCCCUUCAACAACGCAUUAUUUUCCGGGUCCCAGAGGAUUUGUUCGAUGUUGCACGCAUUUGUAUUCCACUAAUAGGGCACUAUCAGCAAAGUCCCUGUCAUUUUGAGAUCCUUGAAACGUCUAAGACAAUGCUGGACUUUGAAAAAGUCAGCGAAAAAGAAGACAUUACCAGCUGCAAUUAGAAAAUGGUUUCAUAAGUUAUUCUCCGAAUAUAAAAACAUUCAUGUUAAUUUAAUUUUAUUUAAUAACGAAUUUAUUAAUUAAAUAAA